GGAGGAGUCGGCGGUAUACUUCCUUCCUUUAAAAGCCAGGAAGAAAUAAGCAGUCGCCGUGCACUGCUAGCUUUUUCUGUUGCGAGUUGUGUUAGCUGUGCAAUAUCCAGGUAGCAUAAUACCGGCUUGCAGAAUGGUGCAUUUUACAAUUACCCUGCAGUUUACACUACUGGUCGGAGUGCUGGCGCUGUUCUGGCCAGGCUGCAUUUCGCGUUGUGCAUUUGUCUCCGACAAAGCAGCGGCCAAACGCUCCAGCUUGUCACAGUCGUCGCCAGCCGAUGCCAAGGCGGCAAUCUGUCGGACCCCAGCCUGCAAGGAAAUAGCCUCAAAGUUUCUCACCCGGAUUGAUACAAGUGUCAAUCCCUGCGACGAUUUUUACGAUUACAGCUGCGGCAAAUGGAUCAAAGCUCAGAAAGGCGAAGCCGGCGAGUUCGCCAAAUUAAACGAUAAAACACGGGCUGUCGGCAAAAAGCUCCUUAGGGGAGACGUGAAACCCGCCGGUCCACCGUUUGCAGCGGAAAAAAAGAUGAAAGAUCUCUACAAGCAGUGCAUUAACACAGCGGAGAUUGAAAAGCUACGAGGAGUUCCCAUGAUAAAAAUCCUGAACGAAUUCAACGGCGGCUGGCCGAUGAUUACACCGAACUGGGAUGCCUCGAAAUUCAACGUGUUCGACGUGCUGGUAAACAACCACUUCUUCGGCAUCGAGCCAUUCUUUGCGGUGUCCAUCAUGGCGGACAUCGAGCAGCCGACGGUCAACCGGGUGGUAUUAGAUUCAAUGAUCCCCUGGACCGACACCGACCUCCUGCUGGACCCUGAAACCGAGAAAAGCUACACCCAGCAGUACUUGAACGGCAUGACAUCGGCCACAAAACUAUUAUUGCGCGACAACAAACAGCAACAAGACGUAGCAAAGCUGGCACCUAACAUUACCGAUAUUGUGCAGCUCGAACUGUCUUUGGCAAAGGAAAGGUUAACAGCGGUGGAGUUGAACAACGACACCAUCUUCCUGAACAAAUUCUCCCUGAAGACCUUCAAGAACCACCAUAAGUUUAAGUCCGCCAUUUUGCGCAACAUCACCGGGUAUUUGCAAGCGUACUUUGCCGUGGCCAACCGAUCAGCGGCCAUCACCGAUGACACUAUCGUCAUUGUGCCGACGUUGCGCUACUGGAAUAAACUGGACGACAAACUGGUCGAGCUGGAGAAGCAGGGAGAGGAAGGCAAGCGGCGUAUGGCCAACUACAUCGGCUAUAAACUCAUUGACAGUGUACUGAAGUACCUGUCGAAGGAUUAUCAGGCCAUUAAUGGCGAAGUGGCGUCCAGUGUUGAGGACAAAUGCCUGGAUAUCAUAAAGAACACUAUGCCGCUGGCGCUGGGCACACUGUAUGUCCGGGACAUUGUGCCAAGAGAUCUAAAGAAAAAGGCAACGAUGAUGGUCAACGACAUUCAUGCCGGGUUUAAAGAGCUUCUUGACGAAGCGAAGUGGAUGGACAAAGCAACGUACGAUGGAGCCGUGAAGAAACUGGCGGCCAUUGAAGAGAUAGUCGGCUACCCGGAUAUCAUGCUGACCAAUACGUCGGCUAUCGAUUCGUACUUCACCACGUUGACGAUCCAAUCGACGUUCUUGCGCAGCAUUCUGCAGACACAGAAGAACAACCUCAUCCGCGAUCUCAAGGCCGUCACACAACCGCAUCUUCGCUACGAUCCGUUGAAGGACACCGAUGACAUCAGUGCCGUCAACGCGUACUACUCACCGCGUCAGAAUCAGCUGAUCAUUUUGGCGUCCAUUCUUCGCAUUCCGUUCUUUGAGGCGGAAGCGCCACAGUAUCUGAACUACGGCGGCAUCGGCUACGUUAUCGGGCACGAGGUGACCCACGGAUUCGAUGACACCGGGGCCAAGUACGACCCCGAGGGCGUGCGCCGUCUGUGGUGGACCAGCACGACUAUUGACGAGUAUAAACGCCGCGCCAAGAGCAUCAUUGACCAGUACAACGCCUACACGAUGCCUUCAGGAAAGGUCAACGGUCAGCUGACCUCGGGGGAGAACAUUGCGGAUAACGGCGGUCUCCGAGCAGCGCUUAAGGGAUACAGCCGCUACUUGGCACGGCCCGAUACCAAAGAAACCGUGCCACCGGGUUUGGAGAACUACACCCCGAUGCAACUGUUUUUCAUUUCCGCUGGGCAGGUGUGGUGCUACAACAGCACUCCCGAGAAGGAGCGGAUGCGUCUGCUGACCGACGAACACGCGCCCAGUAAGUGGCGCGUUAACGGUCCCAUGUCCAACUUCCCGGAGUUCGCGCAGACCUUCAACUGCCCGCUGGGCAGUAAAAUGAAUCCCAAGAUAAAAAAUAGAGUGUGGUAAAAGCAGUUUUGUUUCCUCUGCCUGAUGCAUACCGUGUUCUAUUACCAUUUGGUUGGUUGCAAGGUUGCAAUACUAAUGUCAUUAAACUGGCAAGACAAACUGAAAAAAAUCGGAGGUUAAUGUCUGAAGGAAAAUUUUUGUUUCGUUGUUUGACGCAUUUUAUGUUUGGCUGUUAUCCAUUGGAUUAAUUCUCAUUGCAUCUGUACUUUAAACAGAAAGUAGGGUGUGUAGCGCACCAUAUCGCUUAUCUUAUUACCGAGAAAUACGUAA